UCCGUAAGGUGGGGCUUUUGUUACGGGAGCGGUUUGUAUUUGGAGAACCAAUGCGUCGGUCUGCGCUGGAAAAGCAGUCAGCUAGAUAGCAUCAACCAAGGGCAGUCAUUGGAACUACGCUUCGGUCGCUGUCGUGGGCGAGUGUGUGCAUGUGUGUGUGACUGCGUGCGCGAGUGUGCACAUGUGUUUGAGUGUGUGAGAAGGACUCGGAGAAAAAUCCAGUGAUGGCUGCCAAUAAAGGUAAAAACCAGAGUUCUCUGGCACUGCACAAGGUGAUAAUGGUGGGAAGUGGAGGUGUGGGGAAGUCCGCCCUCACGCUGCAAUUCAUGUAUGAUGAGUUUGUCGAAGACUACGAACCCACUAAGGCGGAUAGCUACAGGAAGAAGGUAGUGCUGGACGGGGAGGAAGUCCAGAUCGACAUCCUGGACACAGCUGGCCAGGAGGACUAUGCUGCUAUCAGGGAUAAUUAUUUUCGCAGCGGGGAGGGCUUCCUGCUGGUUUUCUCCAUCACAGAGCACGAGUCCUUCAGUGCCACUGAUGAGUUCAGGGAGCAGAUCCUGCGAGUGAAGGCGGAGGAGGACAAGAUCCCUCUCCUGGUGGUUGGCAACAAGUCGGAUCUGGAGGAUCGUCGGCAGGUGUCUGGUGAUGAGGCGCGCGGGAAGGCUGAGGAGUGGGGGGUCCAGUAUGUAGAGACGUCUGCCAAAACUAGAGCCAACGUGGAUAAGGUAUUCUUCGACCUGAUGCGUGAAGUGCGUGGCAAGAAAAUGACUGAAAACAAGGACAAAAACGGGAAAGGAAAGAACAAGAAGAGCAAGAAGAGUUUCAGAGAGAGAUGCUGUUUACUUUGAGCUCUUCAUGGACCUAAAUAUAAGCCACAACACACAUCUGUAUUGCCGGGGAA